UCUCCAACGGAGACCAUGGGCAAGAUUAUCUUUUACGAGGACAAGAACUUCCAGGGUCGGAGCUAUGAGUGCAGCAAUGACUGCACGGACCUUCACUCGUACUUCAGCCGCUGCAACUCCAUCAGGGUGGAGAGCGGCUGCUUCAUGAUCUAUGAGCGACCCAACUUCAUGGGCCACCAGUACUUCAUGAGGAGGGGAGAGUAUCCAGACUACCAGAGGUGGAUGGGCUUCAGUAGCUGUAUUCGCUCCUGUCGGAUGAUUCCAGUGUAUCGAGGCUCCUACAGAUUGCGCAUCUAUGAGAAGCCCGACUUCAGCGGUCACAUGAUGGAGUUCAUGGAUGACUGUCCCUGUGUGUCUGACCGUUUCCAUCACCGCCACGUCUACUCCUGUAAUGUUAUGAAUGGCUACUGGAUCUUCUAUGAGUACCCCAACUACAGAGGCAGGCAGUACUUCCUGAGAACUGGGGAGUACAGGAGGUACCGCGACUGGUGCGCCACCUGCGCCAUCGUCGGCUCCUUCAGGAGGGUCACCGAAUUUUAGCCAUUAAGCGAAACCUUGCUGUAAAUAAAACACUUUGUUUAUUAAAGAUGUUGAAUUUUUAA